AUGGAGGAGUUGGAGUUCGCUAUUGCGGCAGUCUUCAGAGCAGGCAUCUUGGCACAACCGAUCAAUUACUCUAAGCUUGGGGACGAUUCGCAGGCAAUGUCAACGAGACAGCAGCAGACGUUCGGCGAUUACUUCAUUCUAGAGAGUUUGGGAAUUUUACCACCUGCGGAUUCAUCCAAAAAGAUUGAUGGAAAAAAGUGGCUAACUAUGACGAAAGUUUAUGGACCACUGCUGCAGGACGCCUACCGCAAGCAUAAAUCACAUGUUGUGCCUAUGCGGCACGACGAAUAUAUUCGCCGAGUCUCCCUCAAAUGCCACAUGUACGCACUUUCUGUCAUUCAGAGGAAGCUGCCGGUUCAGUAUUGGCUCCUUGCAGUGUCUACGUCCGUUCGAGGGGUGCUGGGUCGGGAAAUCUAUGGUUUCAACUCGUCCGAAAAAGUACACAUGGACCUGAAAGAACGUUGGGAAGUCGAGGAGUCCUUCGUUCUUUCUUUCUUCAAAAUCACGUAA